AUGUCCAGCAUAUGUGCGGCUGCUACUUAUCGAAUCCACAGAGGGAGGGAGCGAACUUGGAGAGGUCCAACUCUCGGGAUGAAAGAGUCCGACUCCGGACGCUGCAUCCUAGUUUGCGAUAGUAUCCAGGAUGCGUUCCGAACCGUGCUGGCGGCACUUAAAGCUGCUAGGGGGCGGCGGGAUGUGCUCGUAGGAACAAUAUAUGACGGUCCUGAAAGGGACGCAAUUGCUGAAGAAAAGGGACGACAACAGUAUGGCGAAAUGAAGGCUGGUCCUCAAUAUCUCUUCGCCACUACGACCGACUCAAGGUGA